UGUCGUAAUCCUGGCGCUUUAGGGCGGAGAAUUAUUUGAGUCCUGUUUUUGAUUGUUUCGUAGUCUUGUAAUAUAAAGGCCACCAAGCACGGUUCUGGAGUUCACCGGGGGGGAAAAAGUACUUAUUGCGGCGGAAAGUCACAUGGGAAAAAAAAAUUACUGCUGCCUGCGAACGAGCUCGUAAAUGCAGACAACGCGUGUCGGGGGCUCGGCUCGGAGGAGCUGCGUGCCUCUUUGCUCUCGGUAGUUUCUGAGGUGUGAAACGGGGAACAGGGGCGUGUGGGCAUCGGCGGGGGAGACCUUCGCUUGCACGGCUGCGGCUCGGCAAGGCGCCGCAGAGCCGACAGGGUCGGUGCCCCAUGGGUGGUGCCCAACCCCGCACGACGUGUGCUCCUCCGACUCCGUGGCGGAGAGCCCACAGCUGGCGAACAGCCUCGGCAGGAGAGAAAGAAAAAUCUGAUGCUGUUCCUUAGAACUGUGCCGGUGUGAUUUUCUUUAAUAACUAAAGGUGAACUUCAGUUAAGCGAUUGAAAACCUGCUUUUGGGUGCCUGCUCUUCAGGCUGUCCUCAUGAAGAUCAAAGAUGGAUGAACCCAUGUACCUCCUCUGUAAGUGGGAAGGACGCCUGUGGCCAGCCAAGAUUUUGAGAAAAUCUGCUCGGCACUCCAGAAGGGCUGAUGGGCUAGAAGUGGAAAUAUUGGGUGUGAAAAAAAGGAUCUGUGUGAAGCAGAAGGAGACGGCACCCCUGACACAAGGCAGCAUUGAGACCAUCUCCCUGCAGCUUGAUCUGGAUGCUGAAAAGCAGCGUAUUAUAAGGAUCUUUUUGGACAAAGAUGACAGCGAUGAGGAGUUUGUGGGAUUUCCCCAUGAAUGUACCCAAGCUGUUCAGGAGACUGGGAUCAAAGAAAGGGAUCCUAUUCAGGAGUUGCUUUACCGGAAAGCACUACGCUUGGCUUUAAAUGUGUUAUCCAGCAGUGACUCUCAUUGCACUUUGCCCUCGAACCCCGGGAAAGCACCUGAGGGGGCCUGCCAGAUCAAGCCUUUCAUAACCGAAAAAUCACACCAGUGUACCUUUACCCUUGGCGGAACAGUAGAACCAAAGAUGAGACACAAGCCAAGGACAGCUAACCUUGAGAUGAGAAAGGAACAGCCGAAACGCGUUCCUCAGGGUCAACAGGGGACACAAAACAGAAGAGCUGCAGUUCUGCCCAAGUCUGGGACAGGAGAGAAGGCACACGAGGACGGUCUCGUGAGAGGGCCAAAGACUCGGCAGUCUGGCCUCAGGGCACAGGCAGAGGCACAGAAACGCCACCUUCCACAGGCAGGAAAGAGCGGGAGCAAGAGGAAAGCUUCAGGAGGGUCGUCUCCACUGUUGACAAGGGAGAACCGCCAUCUGCGGCCACGCAGGCUAAUGAGCAGCUUGGAUCUGAAGUGCCCAGCUGCGGUCUCUCCACUGAGCAAGCGGGACAACAAGACAAUGUGCUCCACGCCAACCAAACUGAACACUGUGCAGCAUUCUCAGGUGGGGAAAGGGGCUCCUAGAAAUAAUGUAAAGCCUUCGUUUUCUACCCCCAGCCCCAAGAAAGGACCUUGUCAAAAAACAACAUUCCCAGAAACCCCGAGCCCCCGUAUCCCGAAGGGGGACCACGCUGCCUUGCAGAACGGGGGUACCCCACACGUCCUCCCCUCUCCCCCAGACUCUGACCUUGACACUUAUCACAGUACGGGCGGGGUGAAACAGAGGAGAGGGAGGCCUCGUUUGCGAGACUUUCCUGUGAGCUCCACGCCUGUGAGUGAGUUGGAGGAGCUGUCCCCGAGGAGCCAGACACGGACCGAGGAGAGCACGCCAAAGAGAAAGGCACCCAGGACAGCACAGAAGCUCUUUGAGAGCCUUAAGAGUCGACAGGACCCUCGGCAGGAGCUGGUGCACUGCGGCAAAGCCAGGUGUGGGGGCCGGCCCAGGAAGGGGGCCGCGGAGGAGCCGGCCGGCCGGCAGGACGCAAGCGACUGUGGCCGCGCGGACACGGCCCCUUCCUCAAAGCGGAGACGGCGGAACCAGAGUUGUCUGGAGCUGGGCGGCACGCAGACAUCCGAGCAGUCGGAGCUCCCCCUGCCUCCGUUUGAGCCGGAGGGACCAGAAACCGAUGAGCCAGGGGAAGAAUCUGACUUGUCCAUUGAGCUGAGUUUGCACAAUGAACCCGAUAUGCAGAGUUCUCUGCUGCAGGAGGAAGAUGAAGAAGAAGAUGAAGAGCUUCCCAGUUUCUCUUUGACAAGGGAGAACAAGCCUUCAUCCAUCACAGAGGGAAUAUGUGUCUGGUGUAAAUUCAGAAACUACCCUUUCUGGCCAGCAAUGGUAAAACGUGUGAACCAUAGGAAUAAAAAGGCAAGCAUCAUCUUCAUUGAUGACUUGUUGUUUGACAAGAAAAGAGUUCAAAAGGGAUUUUGUGUGUCCUUAAGAACCUUGAAACCUUUUGACUGUGAAGAGACAGAUCAGUUUGUGGUUAAAGCUCGGGAGAAGUAUAAUACAGCCAUCAACUGGUGCUUGGAGCUGAUUCGGGACUACCGGAUUCGCAAAGCCUGCGGUUCCUUCUCUGGCUCUUUUAUUGAAUACUUUGCAGAUGACAUAAGCUGCCCAGUCAGGAAGAUGUACCUGCAGGACUCCUCCAAUGUGUCCUUUCCCAGCACGCUGAUAAUGGAGGAGCAGAAGGAAGGAUCGGAUGUACAUCUGGACAGCACACCAUCCCGCUGCAGGCAGUCCAAGAAGCUGCUGCCUGACCGCUCCAAGGCUCUCCGGAACCGAGCGAACGAGAAACUGGUCCAGUUUAUUGUCAAGAAUCAGGGAUUGGAGAAGCACCUGCAGGCGAUCAUCAGUGGCAGAGAGAACUCCAAGUGGAUGAAGGAGUUCCUCAAGUUCAGCCGCUUCAUGUCCUGGGUGGACACCUACCUGGAGGACGAGGCCCAGGUGGACCUGGUGUACAGCUACCUGAAGUCCAUCUACGAGAAUGCACCUGAGACCGCGCCCUUCCUGACUGAGGUGGACACCAUCCGCUUCAUCCUGGACGUGCUGCUGCCCGAGGCCAUCAUCUACGCCAUUGCUGCUGUAGACAAGAUCUCCCUGGACAAAGCAGAGGUUAAAUUCUUGAAGGGGCCCGACUUGAGUAUAAGAGAAAGAGAAGAGUUCGACAUGCAAAUCGAAAAGGAGAUGAUGAUGAAAGCACUAUCCCUAAAUGCCCAGGAACCUAAACCUCUUUGACACCUGCUGUCUGAAUGACUCGGCGUUCUACAACACCUCCGGCCCUGGUGACGGAGCCAUUGGGCCAUUCCAGCAGAAAGCCUUGAGGAUAUUGCUACCCCAGACUUCACCUGCAAGUUUUAUUGAACAGUGGCCGUCAAAGCUACAGCUCCAGGUUGCUAGGUGUCAAGUCAAAGGUCAAAAACUAAAAUUUAAACCUAUGAAUGUUUUAAUCCUAGCACUUAAAUGUAGAAUCCAAUAAAAUCACAGGUCACAGAACAUUUUUUACUGUGCAAAUGGAGUAUUUGAAGAGAACAUGGGAUGCUGUCAAGAGCACCUUAGAAGACCAUGAAAGGAGGAUGACCGAGUUGGUGCCGUUUUCUUUGCCCACGAACAGAGCCUGACAAUUCUGAGCAUUUGUUUAAUUGGGAGGUGGUCCACAUUCCCCUCCAGGUGAUCCAGGUGGUGACUGCCUUGGGUGCUUGACCAGUCCUGAAUGAACUUAUGGAAGGAGUCUUUGAACCCUUUGGACAGUACUGGAGUUUGCUUAAAUGUUGUUUUUUUUUAAAUGUUUUUUGUAUAAAGAGGACAGAGAGAGGAACAUUAUUUGGCUGUAGUUUUCCAAUACUCAAGGAACACAAUGCAACAGCAUUCCAUAAUGUAGAUAGCCCUACUUUUAAUGCUAAGCUGAGAUCCGUUAACCUUUGUUGAUUUGUGCUUGGCACCUAGUGCUGACUGAUGUUCUUAGAUUAUCAAACGAUAUGAAAUAAUGACAUUAAUCAUGUAAGUGCUGAAAUGUGGAAUUAUUUCAGAGGGGUAUUUGGAUGUGUCUUUUCACCCGUUUUAUAGUGGCCAACUGAGUCUUCUUUGGAAAAGUUAGUUUAAAUCUGAUUUCACUGGCCUUAAAGAUAAUAUGGAGCUAAUCAACUUGAAUUUAAAAAUCGGUAUCAAUCAGUAUUUAUUUUGUAUUCCCUUAGUAGUGCGCAGUUUGCAUUUGCACAAUAGUGUUUGGAGAUUUUUUUUAAAAGUCUGUAUUCAGUUGAUUUUCAUUUUAAAGAAAAUUGCAAGAUAAGAAGUUGGCAUUAUUUUAAACGGUGUUGAAACAUGAUUACGGCAUUUGUUUUAAACGCUUAAAAUGUUUCCUGUAUGGUAAUUCUUUGAUUUCCUCAGAAAACAUCUGAAGUUGAAUGCCCUCAGGAGAAGAAGGUAAAUGAAUCAUAGUUUUUUCUUCCCCCAUAGGAAGGCAAGCCACUACAAUGAUACUGUCAGUUUUCAUGAGGAUUAAUUGCCCAAUUGGACCACCCAUCAGAAUGCUUUGCUUGUACAGUUUGAUAUCAAAAUGCAGCCUUCAAAUUUUGGUCGGCUAGGCAGACCUGCAUUCAUCUUUAUCCAACCUGUAAUUCCCCUGAAUAUCAUUGAUAAACCAUGGCCGAUAUGUACAGUGUACCAUUCUAGAUUUAAGCCUACAAACCUGCGCGCCAUGUAUGAAUUGGUCAUCUCUGUUGGUGUCCAUUUUAAAGCCUUCAGGUAAUUCUGGCACUUUAUGGUAUGAAAUCAGUUGGAUGGAUGGAAUUAUGGUUUGAUACUAGUAGCCUAUUCAAGUAGUUUACCACCAUGUACCACUCAUCCAUAUUUUGUAAUCAGCAAAGCUUUUGCUUAAAUCUUUGUCAGCAAAGACUGUUUGACUGUUUGUCAGACAGUUCAUAGUCGGCAACACUUCCCUGAGUUGAGUAGGGUUUGCCUGUCUUACUAACAUUCAGCAGCAAGCUAGUGUUGGUGUUUUGCCUGUGCCUGUCAGAAUUAAUUCAUAUAGCCUUCUAGUGAUAUAGAGGCCAAUGCACUGGCACCAAACUACGGUGCCAAAAGUCUGCAUUCUUCCAGCUUCCUGCAGUGGGGUUUUCCUGUUAGAUUAUCAUGUCUUAAUUAUGUAGUCUGAUUUCUGUUCCCAGGUAAUGUUGCAUUGUUGAUGUGACUUUUACUUUUUCCCCAGUCAUGCCUGCCUUGAAACUUGUACUUUAUUGUAAAUUGCUUCCAAACCUUAAAUGUAGCCAAAUGUGUGGCAAAAAACUGAAUGUGUAAGUGACAAUCAGGAACUGCUGUUAAUGUAAUCCUUUGUACAUAAGAACAGCUUUUUAUGAAAUAUAAAAUUGUUUAUGCACAGUCUUUAGAAGUUAUUUGAUUAUAGUUUUAAUAUGUAUUUUUUUUUUACAUGGUUUUAAACAGUGACACUCGAUACGUCCAACUGAAUGUAGCAAGAAGCAUUCAGCUUGGGCAAUCCUUUUGCGUAAAUUUGUUUUUUUAACUUCAUUCUUUCAACGUUUGGGGCUACAGUGUUGUGGAUCAGCAUCACAGCUUGAGAACACAGAAGCCCUCUCAGGUUGUGUAGUCUGCAACUUGAACUGCACAAAUUAGUGGGGUUGAUAAGUGCAGUGAGAGCGUUUGUGGUUGUCUAUAGGGAAAGUAAAAUAGGGAGGUGUGGGGAAUGGUAGCAGGUCAAGCUGCUGAUUAAGCCAUUGGUAUUGCUGGGUGGCACAUUGCAGUGAUCAGGGUGUCGCUGGUAUGAAUCCGCCUUUGUCGCAGGAAACUAUUUUAGUUUGCUUCUCCCUGCAAAACCAGGGUCCUCGCGUUUCCAGUUUCAACUGCUGUGCUUCUGUUAAUGGGAGGCCGAACAGAGCCGCCACGCAAACGUAAGACGUACUGAUUAUCAUUUUCUCCUCUCAACUGACCAUUCAAUGUUGGUUUUAAAGGUAUUACAAAGAUCUUUAUGCUGUUGCUGUUAUUAAAUCACCAUUUAAGUGACUUGGGGACUUUGUCUGCUGGAAUAGAUUUUGAGCAGUGGAGGUAGGAUUGUAAGUACCUGGGGAUUUAGCUUUCAUGGAUGAAACACUCACAGCAGUCAUGGAUUACUGCAGUCAGACAUUGUCCGUAGGCCCUGGGAUUCUGGAUUAGCCGAUUAUCUGUGCUUUGUGCAGGUCAUACUAUGCAUAUUUUUACUACUUUUUAAUAAAGGAAUUGUACUUUUUUUUAUGUGUACCUCCAGUUAAAACGCACUCUUGUAAAUGAUUUUUGAUUUGAAUGUUGCAUUCAGGACAGGUAAAUCUGAUUUCAGCUGUAGCAUUUCAUAUUGCAAAAGAAUCGACUGUUGUCUGCUCACACAUCUCUAUAUUAAAUAAUUUGGUCCUGCGG